AUGAACCAGCUGACCGAUCAGGUAUAUUUACGAUAUUUUACAAUAUGUUUUUUGUUACCACCUGCCACAGCACUUGAAAAUGUAUCUUGUGAAAUUUUUAUUCUCACUGCAUUCCAAGAAUUUGGGAACAAAAAAGACACAUAUUUCUGGCUUUCCCUUAUAGGCUAUUUGCUAAUAAUAUUUGUAAAUGUAUCGUUAAUUAUUUUAAUAUACCAAGAAAAAAAACUCCAUGAGCCCAUGUAUAUUUUUCUUUGUAAUCUGCUUUUUUGUGAGCUAACUGGAUCUACAUCCUUUUACAUUAAAUUCAUGAUUGACCUUAAAAUCAAUGUUCAUGUUAUUUCUCGCACAUUUUGCUUUACUCAGAUAUUUCUUAUUUAUAUAUAUACAGUAACAGAAAUAUGUAUUUUAACAGUCAUGGCUCAUGACAGAUAUAUAGCAAUACAUGCACCUUUACAUUACAUUACAAUUUUCUCAUCAGCAAACAUUCAAAAAUUAAUUGUUGCUUCCUGGAUUUAUCCUAUUGUUAUGAUAACCAUUGGAAUGUAUUUAUCUAUACGUUUACCUUUAUGUGGCAAUGAAAUUGAUAGAGUAUACUGUAACAACUGGGAAAUUGUUAAACUAUCCUGUACAGACACAAGUAGUAACAAUAUUUAUGGAUCUGUUAUGCUCUGUACUUUUUCAAUACCUUUCAUUUUUAUUUUUUAUUCAUACUGUAAAAUCCUUUCUGUGUGCUGGAAUACUUCAAGAUCUCAGAAAUAUAAAGCUUUUCAAACAUGUCUUCCUCAUUUAAUAACACUGAUCUUUUUUAUAAGCUCCUUACUCUUUGAAUUAAUUGAGAGCAGACUUAAUGUAAAGAGAGUAAAAAAUGAAAUCACAGCAUUUGCUUCAAUAGAAUUUCUUACAGUUCCUCCGCUUUUAAAUCCAUUAAUAUAUGGCUUGAUAUUGCCUGAAAUACGCAAAAGGGUUGUGUAUCUAUUUUCAAGGAGAAGAAAACAGUUAAUGUGAUUUCUUUAGUUUUCAUUUUGUGUAUUCUGCAUAAAGAUAAAUACAGUAAAUUUCUGAAAUAGAAAAAUGGGACAGCAUUAAAAUAUCACUAAAUUUGCAUGAUAUUUAACCUCUACAUUGACAUAUACUUCUCAUUAUUAUUGCUUUUAUCCAGUGUGACUCAUGCAAAUAGGACAUACUGUACUAUAAUGUUUUGCAGAAACUAUGUAUACACAUAUUAUUACAUUUGGAGAGUAGGCAAGUUAAGUGACACACUCAGGUUCAUGGAGAGUGAAAGGCAGGAAUCAAACCCGAGGCCUUGGAACUCACAGUCCAGUGAUGUAGCCUCUAUCUCUCUGGCUGCCUUUUCAUGAAUACAAUAGACAUUAAUAAAACAGGUCUAUACUAAUUUUAUAAAAUAGAAUGCUUUAUAUACACAUAUGCUAAAAUUAAUAUUUUAUGCAAAAUAAUGUACAAAUUUGCAAUCCAUAAUUAGUUUAAUAGGGAAACAAUUUAUUAU